AUUUCUUGGUGAAACUCCAUAUUCAUUCAAAUGCCUGCCUCCUCUUGGUUCACAAGACAGGCUUAUACAUAGGAUAAGCAAAAACAUUUAUAUAUUUAUAAGUAGUCCUUCUUGGUGACGUUCAGCAAGUACCAGUCGGCUCGGCCGGCCGAGUUCUUAUGCUAUUGUUGUUGACCGAUAUCUUGUGAAGAGGUCGGAGCAGAAUGUAUGUACGUGGGUUGGGCGCUGCUGCUGUCCUCCUAUCCAUGUCCAAGACGCCUGCUCAUCAUUUCUCUUUGUAUCCCCCACAUCCCUCCUUGAUGACUACAACAUGUCAUGAAAAGAUAUCAAACAUGACGAUGUGCCCGAUGGAUGACUGUCAAUCGAUGGGUGUCCUUGUUUGGCUUACAAAGAAAUUUGGAAUUGUGGUGAAUUAUAGCUUUAUUUUGGUUUGCGGUGAUGAUCAGAUCAUCGUCUUGUUUACUGAAAUGAUGUCAAGUAUUUCAAGUAUUAAAUUCAUCUCUACGUCGUUGUUCUAG